UUUAAUAUUGCUUCGCUUGUAAUUGACUCGUCUUUCUUUUUUUUUUUAAAGGGUUUUCAAAGUCUCAAUCUUUUGGCUUUGGCCCAUCCAGUCGUUCACAGAAUACCUUUCCCAACACGCCAUUGACAGCCAUGGCCGGCUACAGCAAACCAAGAGGUGUUCUUACCACCCUCUUCGCCGUCUUCCUCUUCUUCCACGCUGCUGUUGCCGUACAGCAUGCCGCUCACCACCAUGUCCACCGCUCCCCCCAGGCCAUGGAGGCUCAUCUCGACGAAACGAAGAAGUUACUGGCUGAGCGCGCUAAUAAUAUUGCUAUUACUGGUGUUACAGGCACUAUCUCCCCGCGUCUGGAGAUUCGCGACCUGAAGAAGAACGCAGACCAGUGGAAUCUGUAUCUUCUCGGCUUGGAGAGGUUCUACGCCAAGGACAAGGGCGACAGAUUGUCAUACUACCAGAUUGCGGGUGUUCACGGACGUCCUUACGUUACAUGGAACAACUUCCCCACUCCGUUGGUAAACACUGCUGGUUUCUGUCCCCACGGUCAGACUCUGUUCGGUUCAUGGCACAGGCCGUAUCUUGCUAUCUUCGAGCAAGCCUGGUACCAAUGCGUUCAGGAAGUUAUCGCUACGUUCCCAUCUGGCGAACAAACCCGCUGGAAAAACGCCGCCUCUACCCUUCGUAUGCCGUACUGGGACUGGGCCAAGGCUCCCCCGUCGGGCGAAAUGAGCACCCCUACCCUGAUGCGUGACAAGACUGUUACCGUCACUAAGCCCUCUGGUACUGUUUCUAUCGCCAAUCCUCUCUACUCGUACUCUUGGGGUAGCUCUCUCCCGGGAGAUUUGGGCGGAGGUCCAUGGGACAACUUCCCCUCCACGCUUCGUCGUCCAGUGUCCAACCCCACGCGCAGCAACAACAACGAGGUCGCUUCCCGCAUGGCUAGCCUCCGUCUCUCCCUCCGGGACCGUGUCUAUGGCCUUUUCAUGAGCGGUGGAUCAUGGGGCGAUCUCAGCACGUCUUCCAUUGGUGUCCGCACUUCCCAGAACGGCAACAACCCCGACAGCUUCGAGUCCGUCCACGAUGCGGUUCACGUUACAGUUGGUGGUGAAACUGGUGGCCAUAUGUACUAUCUUGAUUACUCUUCGUUCGACCCUGCUUUCUGGCUCCACCACUUCAACAUUGACCGCUUGCUUGCCAUGUACCAGGUCGUGUCCCCCAACACCUACGUCAGCAACGGAAAUAUCAACCGCCCCAUGGCCCAAUGGAACGCGGGAGAGGCCAAGAACUCGAAUACGCCCCUGAAGCCCUUCACUAAGAACACCAAUGGCGACUACUUCACCAGCAACGAUGUUAAGAACACCCGCGUUCUUGGCUACUACUAUCCCGAGACUGCUGGAUCGCCUACUGAAUCCUCAGUGAAGAGCGCCGUCAACAACCUCUACGGUCCUGGAGCCCCCACCAACAACAAGAAACGAGCCGCUAGCGGACAGUACGAAGGUCGUCCAUUCCGUGAUGGUGACUACAACACUGUGCUCUCCAUUAUUGCUAGCAAGUUUAUUAUGGAUGGCUCUUAUUCAGUCCACUGCUGGCUCGGAAACGGCAAUUCGACUUCCAACUCGACUGCUCCAUAUACAAACUCCACCUUGAACACUGAGUCGCCCGACUAUGUUGGUGCAUACAGCGUAAUGGGUGGAAGCAAGGGCGAUGGCGGCAAUGGUUCCUAUCCCGUCAUGACCGAGGGCUGCCUCCCACUGACCACUGCGCUCCAAGGCAAGCAGGCAUACGGCGAGCUGAAGUCUCUCGGUCCCGAUGACGUCGAGGCCUACCUCAAGAAAAACCUGCACUACAAAGUUAUUGGCCCCGGAGGCGCUGAGAUUCCGGCAGAGAACGUCCCUGGCCUCCACGUCUACGUCAAGACCUGCCCCAUCACCCCAGCCAAGGGUCCCAGCGAGCUCCCAUCGCUAGGCGAUUACAUUGUGCUUCCCAAGGUCACGUAUGACAAGCCUGCUGGCAAGCCGUACACCUACACUCCUUCCCCAGCGGAGACCUCGCCUCCUUACCCAACUGGCACCAUGGUCUUCCCAACCCACCCUGCUGAUGAGCCAGGAUACUGCGUCAGUCAUCAGAAGGUUGAGUAUGUGGAUCCGGCAGGCAACUACUUGUAUUCCGAGUAGGUGAAAUUCCGUCACAUUUUGCAACAUUUCGAGAAAUCCAGCUUGAAGGGUAGAGUGAAGAAGUAGGAGGCGAUGUGUGUGAAUGAGAGUAAAGUGUACAUGCCAUCUAGCUUGGGCCCCUGAUCUCUUUUAAUAGAAACGAACCCUGAUAUUUUGUCUG